CAGCGCGCCGACCUGCCUGCUUCUUCACCAUCAACACAUGGCAGCUAGGUUGUAUCUUCCUUGCUAACACCCAGUUUCUAUAAAAAAUAACCGUCUUUUUGCUUUUAUUGCUCUUGGUUCGGCCAUCAAAUGAAAGUUAAAGUCCUCUCCAGGAACCCGGAUGAUUAUGUCCGGGAAACUAAACACGAUAUUCAACGAGUCCCCAGAAACUAUGACCCCUCCCUUCAUCCGUUUGAGGUGACCAGAGAAUACACCAGGGCUCUGAAUGCCACCAAGUUGGAGCGCGUGUUUGCCAAGCCUUUCCUGGCCUCCCUGGACGGUCACAGAGAUGGAGUCAACUGUCUGGCCAAGCACACCAAGAGUCUUUCAACCCUGCUCUCUGGCUCCUGUGAUGGAGAGGUGAAGGUGUGGAAUCUCACCAAACAUGAAUGUGUUCGUACUCUCCAAGCGCACGAGGGCUUCGUCCGGGGAAUGGUUGUCAGAUACUGCGGCACUUCCUUCUUUACGAUUGGUGAUGAUAAAACAAUAAAACAAUGGAAAAUGGAAGCACCGGGAUACGGAGAAGCGGAGGAGCCUCUUAACACUAUCCUUGGCAAGACUGUGUUCACAGGACUGGACCAUCACCUAAAGAAGGGUGUAUUUGCAACGUGUGGCCAGCAGGUGGACAUCUGGGAUGAGCAGAGGAGCACCCCCAUCCGCUCCUUCACCUGGGGGGUAGACAGCUUCAGCUCUCUCCGUUUUAACCCCGUGGAGACUGAACUCCUCGGAAGCUGUGCCUCUGACAGAAGCAUCGUUUUAUACGACAUGAGGGAAUCAACACCUCUUAAAAAGGUGAUCAUGACCAUGAGGCCUAACACACUAUGCUGGAACCCGAUGGAAGCCUAUAUUUUUACAUGUGCAAAUGAAGACUAUAACCUUUACACAUAUGACAUGAGGUACCUGGAGAAGCCCUUCAAAGUGCACAUGGACCACGUCUCCGCCGUGCUGGACGUGGACUACGCUCCAACCGGACAGGAGUUUGUUUCUGCUAGCUUCGACAAGACCAUUCGCAUCUUCCCUAAAGACGCAGGACACAGCAGAGAAGUAUACCACACCAAACGCAUGCAGCACGUCAUCUGCGUCAAGUGGUCGGCAGACAACCGGUACAUCCUGAGCGGGUCGGAUGAAAUGAAUAUCCGACUGUGGAAGGCUAACGCAGCUGAGAAACUGGGAAUGCUGGCCCCCAGAGAGAAGGCAGCCAUUAACUACAGCCAGAAGCUAAAGGAGAAGUUCCAGCACCACCCGCAGAUCAAGCGCAUCGCCCGCCACAGACAUCUACCCAAGAACAUCUACCACCAGAGGAACGAGCUGAGGAUCAUGAAGGAGGCUCGCCGUCGAAAGGAGAUGAACGUCCGGAAGCACAGCAAACCAGGAAGCGUCCCUCUGGUGUCUGAGAAGGAGAAGCAUGUUGUCACUGUGGUGAAAUAGGGCCUUCUGUUUAGCGACGAUCAUUCAUGCCUACGGAAAGACUCUGAAUCUUCUCCUGCAAGGAUUCACGCCCGGCUGUCAUUUGAAUAUGAAGCUGUACUGUAAAUAUAUGAACCAGUUAGACUUUGACCUUUUUAAGGGCUUCCUGUUUCAUGAAGUCCGGAGUUUAAAUCUUGAAAAUUAAGACUUCAGUGGAGUUUUGUAUCUAAUGGAAAUAAAAACAAAUAAAGUUUGUUUAAAUGGA